AUGACUGAUAGUACCGGAAAGAAUGCUCUCGCAACCUCCGAAGAGGUGAAGCAUCCUCUCGCCGUGUGGAUACACGGUAAGACCAUCGAAUAUCCUAUGGGUUCCUGGAAAACUUGGGAAAUCUGGAUUUGUGCCUGGGGAAUGUCCUUGGAACGUCCGGAACAAUCCGGCUGGAUGAUCUCUGUUGGUAUGUUUGCAAGAAGGACAAGCAAGACAAGUUGGGCAGCUUUAAAGGGGGAUCCGCAAUAUACAAGAACUGGAGUAAGGGCGAAGAUGAAUGAGAAUGGAAAGAAAAGAAGAGUUCGUCCAAGGUGGGGGAGGUUGGGCACUUAUGCUUUUCAAUGGUAA